CUUGUGAUAUCUAACCAUAUUAAAUAUCCUAAUUAUUUUAAAUCUUAUAAAGAAAAUCGAUUAAAAAUGAUUCACAAAACAUCUAAAUGUGUCUGUUUCCAGUGCUUUGAGUUCAUCCAAAACAAUAACAAAACUUUUUUUUGACUGGCGUCUGUGGUUUGUCCUUCAGCUGGACACUUGUGGGGCUCUUGUCUCUUUUCAUGAUGCAGAAGUUUAUUCUGGAUGUGGACACUGGGGUGGAUGAUGCUCAGGGCAUCAUGGUGGCCCUGUCCGCCCCCAAUGUGAAGAUCUUGGGGAUCACCUGCUGCCAUGGCAACACACCCCUGGAGAACGUCCUCAAGAACACCCUGCGUGUCCUGAAAGUCUGCAACAAGCUGGAUAUCCCAGUGUAUCGUGGCUGCUCUGUGCCCCUGCUGGCCCGUAAACAACACGCCAGUGAUUACCACGGGAAGGACGGACUGGGCGAUGUCCCAGAUCCAGAGGCCCCAGGCCUGGAACUGCUGCAGAAGAGAAAAGCUCCACAGGCCAUCAUCCAAAUGGUGAAAGAGAACCCGGGAGAGGUGAUUCUCGUUGCCACGGCACCGCUCACUAACCUGGCUGUGGCGGUGCAGCUGGACCCUUCCCUCCCGAAGAAGCUGAAGUCAGUCUACAUCAUGGGAGGAAACAUUGAAUCCAGAGGAAACACCACAGUGUGUGGAGAGUUUAACUUCGUGGCUGACCCUGAGGCUGCCUACAUCGUGUUGGACCGCUACACCUGCCCCACUUACAUCGCCAGCUGGGAGUUCACCUGCAGGAACAGCCUGCCGUGGUCUUUCUGUGACCAGUGGCUGUCCCAAAACACUGAGAAGGCCGCCUUUAUGAAAAGGAUCACAGCCCUCUCCAUGAAGAAAGCGAGGUCAGAAGAAUAUCAAAAGGAGGUCACAGAGGGAAAAGGAUUCAAUUCCUGCGACACGUACGCCGUGGCUGCCGCCAUCGAUGCCUCAUUCAUCACAGAGAGUGAGGAGGUUGCUGUGACAGUGGAGCUGGACGGGACCCAAACCCGAGGCAUGAUGGUGCUGGACUACAUGGAGCUGCUGAAUAAGACACACAAGGCUGUGAUCAUGAAGAAAGUUGAUUUGGAGAAGAUGAAGCAAAUGUUCAUGAAUUCACUCAAGUAGAAUGAUACUGCAACUGUUUCAUCAACAUGAAUAAAAAUAACUUCAUUCAACUUUUAUUAUAGUUGAGAUUAAGAGAAACAUAACAACCAAAAGAACAAAUAUAAAAACCCAUUACCAUACAAAUGAGUUC